UUGCCGAAAGUGAAUUAAUACCGUCAGAGAGCCGCCGCGGUCAUAAUAACCUUGCUUUGGUUUGGCCUCUUGUGUCACUGCCAUGGAGAAGCUCAGGAACCAUUUCACCAAGAUUCUCAUUCCCAAGGGCGGGGACAAGGUUUAUAAGGAUGAGUGCAUGUUCAACUUCGACACCCCGGAAAGUGAGACUGGAUUAUAUGUUUGUCUGAACACCUUUCAUGGCUGGAGCAAAGAACAUGUUACAAAAUACUCACAAAAGUCGGGGAACUGUGUCUUCUUGCACCUCAGACGGAACAAAAAGGAACUUCCACCUGAGAAAGAAAUGGAGCCAGAGAAAAAGAUUGCACGCCUAGCAAUCGGUGUAGAAGGUGGGUUCAACCCUGAUGCAAGCAAGAAGCGGUAUGAGUACGAGGAGCACAACUCUCUGGUGAUCCUGCCAGAUUUUGAUAUCAUACCAUUACCUAAUCCAGACCUCCCAGAAAUUGCACAGCAAAGUGUAGCAGGCAUUUUAAAAGCAGAGUCUGCACUUCACUUAGCUGAAGUUGAAGCUGCAGCUGGUGCCUGGGAUGGGGAGGUUCGGCAGGUCACCAAACAUGCAGACACUCUCAAACAGCUUGAUAAUGGGAUUAAGGUUCCUCCAAAUGGCUGGAAGUGUGAACAUUGUGAUAAAACUGAUAAUUUGUGGUUAAAUCUUACUGAUGGAAAGAUUCUGUGUGGACGAAGACAACUGGAUGGCUCAGGUGGCAAUAAUCAUGCUGUUGAGCAUUUUGAGAAGACAAAGUACCCAUUGUCAGUGAAGCUUGGCACUAUUACACAAGAUGGAAAUGCUGAUGUGUACAGCUAUGAUGAAGAUGACAUGGUGUUAGACCCUAACCUUGUGAAGCAUUUGGCUCAUUUUGGCAUCAACGUUAAAGUGAUGGAGAAAACCGAGAAGACGAUGCUUGAGUUAGAAAUUGAUUAUAACCAGCGAGCGUGGGAAUGGUCUCGACUCACAGAAUCGGGAACCAAGCUAGUGCCAAAGUUUGGGCCAGGAUUCGCAGGGAUGAGAAAUCUUGGUAACUCGUGUUACGUCAACUCAGUAAUGCAAGUACUCUUUACUGUUCCGGGCUUCGUGGAAAGGUUUUAUCAUCUUGGACAAACCAUCAGGGAGAGCUACAGAGGAUCUAACCCUGCAGAAGACUUUAAUGUUCAAAUGAGUAAACUUGCUCAUGGCUUGCUGUCAGGAAGAUAUGCUGUGGCUCCAGACACAAUAGAUGAGAACCUAGACACAGAUGACCUACAGCCUGGUAUAUCUCCGCUCAUGUUCCGUACCCUGGUUGGAAAGGGUCAUGCCGAGUUUUCAACCAAGAAACAGCAGGAUUCAAUGGAAUUCUUGGAACAUAUAAUUAAGAUGACAGCAUGCAACUCUGCCGGGGCAGCUGAUCCUGGAAGCUGUUUUAAAUUCGAGGUAGAGGACAAGUUUGUUUGUAGUGCAAGUGGAAAGGUUCGUUAUGUGACACGACCAGACCAAUAUUUGCCUCUACCAGUGCCUAUGGAAGAAGCUGUCAACAAAGAAGAAGUAGCAGCUUAUCAAGCUCAAAAAACAGAUGCUCAAGCAUCGCAGAAAGUGAUCCCAGCUGUGUCAGCUGAUGCAACCAGCCAACAGCCUGAGGAACAAGUGAGGGCAAAGAUUCCUUUUGAUGUUUGUUUGUCAAAGUUAGCAUCACCAGAGCAGAUAGUUGCUUACAGUUCUGCUGCAGAAAAAGAAGUCGCCAUGCAGAAGAUUACUCGUCUUCGUACUUUUCCAGAUUACCUAGUCAUUCAGCUUGUGAAAUUUGGUAUUGGUCAAGAUUGGGUUCCCAUGAAAUAUGAUGUGUCAAUUGAUAUGCCUGAGAGCCUUGACUUGUCUGUGUUAAGAGGUUUUGGCCUUCAGCCAGGGGAGGAGGAGUUGCCUGAGACUGCUGCCCCUUCACCCAAGGAACCAGAAAUAGAUGCUGAAAUUGUGCAGCAGCUUGCAGAGAUGGGCUUUCCUUGGGAGGCUUGCAGAAAAGCUGUCCAUCUUACUGGAAACAGUGGCACUGAAGCUGCAAUGAACUGGGUGAUGGAACAUAUGGGUGACCCCGACUUUGCUGAUCCUCUUGUAAUUAAGAACACAUCUUCUAGAAAUGAUAAUUUCACCCCAAAUGAAGAAGGUCUGGCAAUGUUGAUGUCAAUGGGCUUCACACGGGAACAAGCAGCACUAGCUCUUAAAGAGACCAGCAAUAGCCUGGAACGUGCAGCGGAUUGGAUAUUUUCUCAUCAACAUGAGUUGGAUUCCCUACUGGCAGCUCAGAGUGGGGCAGCUGCCGUUCCUCCUCCACAGAAGCCAAGUUACACAGAUGGCCCCUCAAAAUAUGAGCUAACUGCUUUUAUAAGCCACAUGGGAACUUCAAUAUUUGUGGGCCACUACGUAUGUCACAUAAAGAAAGACGGAGAGUGGACCAUCUUUAACGACAACAAAGUAUCAAAGUCUGUAGACCCUCCCCUGGACCUUGGCUACAUCUAUCUCUACAAGAGAGUAUCAACAUAGUCCUUCAUACAAAUCGACUGUUUGGUGUCCAGCAAAAACCAAGAAGUGUCCAUUUCCAUUUCUUCUUUAACAAACUGACUGACAAAAAGAAUAUCUUGCAAAUCAAAAAAGUCUGUUUUGAAAGUAAAACUAAAGACUUUAUUUAAAGAAACUAAAGUCUAAUAAUUUGAUUUUAGAAGUUUGCCUCCCAAGUGAUAGAGGAAGAUAGCUACUGUGCAGAUAUUGCAUUUGAUCUGUGAUCAUUUAGAAUAGUAGGUAUUUGAGUAAGAGGGACUACCCGUAUCCUAUUUUAGCAGCAUCAGUGAUAUGAGAAAUUCUGAACAUUUUCUGGUACUUCAGCAACAUAGGAUAACUUGUGUUUUGGUCAGAGGUUCUCUAGUUAAUAUGAUGAGGAGUUUUGACCUGCCCAUCACUGAAAAAUGACUGUACUGUACAUACAAACAAAUCUCCCAAGAAGUAAACAGUGUGAGUGUUUAUCAAUAAGCAUCACAUCUAUACUGUAUUUUCAGAAAUUUUUAUGCAAAACAAAUUUUUGGAUCUGAAGAGUGCACAUUAUUGUGUCCAAGAUUUAUGGCAAAUAAUUAUGGUUAACAAGUAAGAGGCCUUAUAUUUGACAUCCUGAUAUGCACUGGGUUGUAAUGACAAAAUCCUGCUACACAUUUGUAAGAGUUUUAGGUAGCACAGGAAUAUGUACAAGGAUGGGUUUAGGUAGUGUGUGAUAUUUUUUGUGCUAGACAUUUUUUGCAGCUUUACUAACUUAAAAUUAUGGCCAAUUGAUUGAAAGUAAAUUUUUUUUGACAA